AUGCCAGGUGCAAAAAAAGGGCCCACGGCCGCUGCUCGGCCACGCAGAGAUGUGCUGGCCUCGCUGCGCAUGGCAUCAAUGGAAGACAUCUCCAGAGCUGCUCUUCCAGCAGAGAUCGUAUCCUCUAUUCUCGACUACGUCGGCCCCGUUGAUUUGAUCCGAGCAGCACGGUCCUGCAAGCUCAUGCACGAGAUGGCGUAUGAUGACACUCGAUGGGUCCACAGGUUGAAACGAAUUGGAUGCUGGGAUGAAGCAGAUGCUAGAAAGCAUGCUGAGGUGGUAUUUGGGACAGUUGCCAACAUGGAGGUCGUCGAGCAGCAGGAGGAGGCUGAGGUGGGCGAUGGACCAAUCCCUGCGAUCACUGUUGGCGAUGACCCUUCCAAUGACCUGAAAGCAAUAUCCGAUGGAUUCGAUAAGAUUGAAUUAGUGAAUACCGUGUCGCAGCCCGAUAUGUUACAGGAUCUCCUGGAUGAACCCGCCCUGACAGUGUUGAAAAAUGUCAGGUCAAUCCGGGGCGAGGCGCGUCAGGAAUAUGGCAAGAUACAUGCCGCCCUGGCACCGUUUUAUGAGGACAUCGCGCGAACUGGACCAUCGUUGGAAAACUUGGUUUUCACGAAAUACAAAGAUCCCCAGGCCCAGGCGCAGAUACUGGCACAAUUGCUAAUGUUCUCCAAAUCUGAUAUGACGCAAGGAUGGGACGAGCGGGUUGACCGUUUAGAGGGUACAAUCUCGAUGUUUGAGACUGCUGCGCUGAAGGAGUUCCGCCAGGGGUAUGAAACAGACGAUAUUGACGGGACCAUGCGGAAAUACGCACACAUUUUAUGGACACUCAACGGUGGGCAAGCUGCCGUGAACCUCUUCAUCCAUCACAAUCACCUGAUGACUCGGAAGUCUGACCUGGGAAACGUCGCUUCCUGCAUUGACGGUUCAACGGGCCAGGUCAAAAUGGAGCAGACGCAGGCUUUCUUCACUCGGCUUAGUGUCGCCUUCAACGAUGAAAUAUCCAUUAUGAACCGUGUCUUUCCCUCAGCUUUAGACGUCACAUCAACCUUUAUGACAAAAGUCGGCCAAGAUGUGUUGUCUCCUUUCCUCACGGCAAUAUUCGAUGAGCUGCAUCGUAUCAACAUCAAGUCAUAUCUCACUGCAAUCUCGGGGACCUUUGUCCAAUGCAUGAACCUAUCGGAGUCUCUGCUUCCCAUACGAGGCUCUGAUGCUAAAUUCGACGACUAUCUUGAUAAUGUUGUGAUCAAGAUUUAUGAGCCACACCUCGAUCUGUAUUUGGCAGAAGAGCUUGAUUUUUUCAAGAAGGCCUGUGAAUUUACAGUGAAUGAAUGGGACCGUCAUCUCUCUGAACAAGCGGCUUCGACAGAGUCUUUCUUGAUGUCAAAUAUCAACCGCCAAGCCGACAAACGAGACUUCCUUACUUCUUUCAAGAAAGUGAUCAUGAUGCCGGUAAACAUCCUACCGAGCUUUUCAAGUGCCAAAUCAAGCGAAGAAUCGAAAGUAGACACGGAGCCAAACAGCCCAAAUCCGUCGCAACCAUCCCCAUCCAAAAAUACCAAUCGAUUUUCGACAAUAUCCUCGCCUGCCCCAGUGGCCGUCGAGGAAGUUCCAACCACAGAGCUGGCAGCAAAAGCGGCCAUCAUGAAGACGAAGAUGGAGGGUAUCCGCUCAUUGUUUAGCAUCGAAAUUGCACUUGAUCUCGUUCAUUCCGCCAAGUCCAGCCUGGAGCGAGCCGCUCAAUUUGUGCGACUUGGCGGCGAGUAUGGUCUUGCAACGAAGCAACAAUGUGAAGCAAUCUUCGUGACGCUGCUACGUAUAUUGGGACACCAGCACGUUAUUGUUGGAUUUGAUAAGGCUGUCAGUCAUCUAUCCAACUAUCGACCCCGCGAACAAGGGGAGCGUGACCAAUCUGGGGUUGAGCCCCUGGUCACUUUUCUGGAACUGGUCAACGUCGGCGAUUUGAUCCUGCAAAUGAUGGAUGUAUUCUACGAGCAGGAGUUGAUCGCCAUGAGAUUGACUGAUAGAAACGAUUUUGUGGACCCUGCCAAUAAAGAAAAGAAACGGUUCGAACAGAUGCUGGAUGAACGUGUCGCAGCUGGCCUGAAUAAGGGAAUUGACGUUCUCAUGGAAGAGGUGGACUACAUUCUGGCAACGCGACAACUAGCCACUGAUUUUAACCCGGGUGUUUCCUCAGAUCCACACCGACAGACCAUGGACGUAGGCGUUAGCGAAGUUGCCAUCGCCGUCGUCGACGUGGUUUCAUCGCAUACGCAGAUGCUAGUCGGGAGCACGGACAAGAGCACACUGGACGUGUUUAAUCAAGAGGUCGGGCUCCGCCUAUUUUCCGCUCUCUGUAAACACCUCAAGCGACAGCGCGUCAGUGUGGAGGGAUCACUCAAGUUGAUCAGCGACAUGAACCACUAUUUCAAGUAUAUUCAAACAUUGCGAAACAAUGAGCUCCUUCUCUAUUUCACGGCAUUCCGUGAGCUUGUGCAGAUUUACCUGAUCGACCCUGGCGACGCCAAGGAACUGGCGAAUGUCAUCGCCGAUGCGGAUCGGUUCCAUGGGAUUUGGCGUGUGGAAGAGGUUUAUGAAUUUGCUGAGCGCCGAGCUGACUGGUACCUCGUCAAGCGGGAUGUGGAACGAGCUAUGUAUGGAAUUGGUUGCAAUGUGAUGUAA